AUGGAUUGGUCUAGUAAGCUCAUUGAUUCAUUGUGGGCAUAUAGGACCGCCUUCAAGACUCCUAUAGGGACUACCCCCUAUAAGCUUGUUUAUGGGAAGAAUUGCCAUUUACCCGUAGAAAUGGAGCACCGAACGCAUUGGGCAGUCAAGGAAAUCAACUUUGAUCUCCAUAGUGCGGGUGAGAAAAGACUUCUAGAGCUUCAUGAGUUGGAAGAGUUGAGAAUGAACACCUAUGAUAGUGCAAGCCUCUACAAAUUAAGAACCAAGGCAUGGCACGACGCUCAAAUUUCCAAGAAGGAAUUUGUGGAAGGACAAAAGGUCCUACUCUACAAUUCAAGACUCAAGCUCUUCCCCGGGAAAUUGAGGUCUAGAUGGAGCUGUCCAUUUCAAGUAUCCAAAGUCUUUCCUUAUGGCUCAGUUGAGGUAUUAAAUGACAAGUACCCUCCAUUCAAAGUGAAUGGGAACCGUCUUAAGCCAUACUAUGAGGGUCAACUAAUCGAGAAGCCGGAAAAUUUAUCGCUCAUUGAUGUUUUCAAAUCACCAUGA